AACACAGCGUCUCGUCUACCGGAAAAUCACACAAAGACGUGACCAAGAAGAAUUUCCAAGUUUGCGUUUUUAUUGUUGUUACUGAAACCUUUAACACCCUGGAACUCAGAACUAAUUUAACUACACAGCGUCACAUAUUUACCCCAUGUAGUGUUUAAUUCGCGUUGGAGACAGGUUGAUACAUGUUAUCUAGGUAACGCUAGUUAGCUGCUAACGUUAGCUAACAAUGUCUAGCUGUAUGGUUUUUCACACUCAAAUAGCCUCCAUCAUGGAGGUGCUAGCGAAUGCAGCGGUGGCAGAAAUCUGUAAACUCGUAGACGACGACUAUGCAGUGUUUCGUUUGGAAAUAACUCAAAGCCAGAAAGAAAACAGGGCAUUGCGGAGGAAACUACUGGAAAAGAAAGUGGCACGGGAGCGCGCAGUGAGGACAACGCGAGAGCGCGGCCUCGCCAGUAGUGUCAAGAUCCUCGAUCGAUACAGAGGAAUGGCAAGAGGUGAAGGACAUCUCACUGGAGGCCACAGGAGCUUUGUGAAGCCAGCGGGACACAAUACAUGGAGAGAUGACCAACCGAUCACUGUUGAUGAGGGGAGUGUAACCUCAACCCAGUACUUUAUUGGGAUCGAGUCUGCAGAUAAAGAGGCUGCAGGUCCUGGGGUCAAGCUGGAGAGGUUUGAAGGAGUGGAGGAUCCACUGCACAACAGAGACAUCCAGUCAGGAGCGCCCCCUGUAGCCAAUGAGGACCCCACCACCACCCCAGUGCAGUCCAGGACACAAUGCCUCAUCACGGAGGAGGAGGAGGGUCCAGAGGUGCUGCUGCUGAAGGAGGAGGAGGAGGGUCUGGGGAACCCUGAGGGGACCAUGGUCAUGGAGGACAACCAGACUACACCUCUUCUUGAACCCACAGAGGAACUAGCUGAGCAGCACAGGACCAAACACAGUCUCACUGAGUCAGUAGACAUGGAUGAUGGGAAGCCUGAUCUGCUGCUGGUCAAAGAGGAGACAAUAGAAGACAGACCAGAGAACAUUGACCUGCUGAGUGGACUAAAGGUGGGGGAGCAAGGUGGUUGGCUGGAGGAUAACAGAGGUGACUGGGCGGCCAUAUUGGAUUACCAUACAGGUGCAGCCAAGGGCCCAGGGGACAACAUCACCGAGCAAGCCGGGACCAAAGGCAACAUAGUGGAGUCUGCAGUCCAUGAGGACCUGCUGAUAUCCAGUGUGGCUGGCUGGAAAUACUGGACCUCUGAGGUGGCUGGUCACAAACCAUGGCCCCGGAUCAGAACCAUAGAUCAGGGGCCAUCACUCUUCCUUCCAGAGUCGGAACAAGGACCGAACCACGAGGGACAGAGACUCCACCACCACACAAAACACAACCAGUGGACAAGUGGACUGAACAACCUCAGUCCUGGUGGUCAUCAGAGAGAUAGAGGCUCCAGUCAGGGAUCCAGUCUGCAGCCCAGACCCUUCUCUUCACAGUCUCAGUGCAGGGAUGAAGCAGGGCCUGAGGCUGAUAGAGAUAGACCCUCCUGUUCCUAUGAUACAAACACCACAGUAUCCACAAUGAACAGAGCAGGUCACCCUGGGCUUCAGCCUUCACAGAAAGUGGUGGGAGACUCCCCUGGUGGUAGUCUAUCAGGAAGUCUGUCUUCUCCUUCAGAGUCUCCUCUAAUGCCUGGUGGCUGGGUUAAUAGAAAGCCUGGACCUGGGUCUAGCCUUCCUCAGUUACCUCAUGGUUACCCCACUAAUACAGACAAGGUCAGGAUGGGCGUUCACCACAAGAGGUAUCUAGCCUAUAACACAGCACACAAUCCCAACAACACCCAAACAAUGGCUCAUGGAGGGAGCUCAAAGACUAACCAACUGAGGGUGGUCGCUCCUGCUUCUACCUCCUCUGGUGUCAUUGGGUCACAACGUGGGAGGCCGAGCGUUAGGAUAGACGCUGACAAGCUUUACGCCUGCUCCACAUGUGGGAAGCGCUUCGCUGAGGCAAACUAUGUGAAGGAGCACCAGACCGUUCACACCAAGGAGAGGCCCUUCAAGUGCAAACUGUGUUACAAGAGCUUCUCCUUCCGGAGUAGCCUUAUCAGACAUAGGAGUGUCCAUAAUGUGGAGAAAUCGGAGCAGUGUGGCUAGAGAGGGCUCCCGAGUGGCGCAGCAGUCUAAAGCACUGCAUCUCAGUGCUAGAGGCAUCACUACAGACCCUGGUUUGAUUCCAGGCUCUAUCACAAUCGGCCGUGAUUGGGAGGCCCAUACGGCGGCGCACAAUUGGCGGAGCGUCGUCCGGGUUAGGAUUUGGCCGGGGUAGGCAGUCAUUGUAAAUAAGAAUUUGUUCUUAACUUACUUGCCUAGUUAAAUAAAUAAAAAUGUGAAGAUGUACACAGGGGGCCAUACUUUAGCUAUCAUGUGAAGUGGCCUGGAGUAAGAGCAGUGGCAUUCUGGAGGUGGGCAGAACGCCAGUGGGCAAUUAGUAUACUCACUUCUUAAUCCCCACGAUGCAUAUCAAAGUAGUGUAGUGGAGGUAUACCCUGUGUCAAUAAGGCUGAUGGAACAGAUCUAGACUGUUUAUCUUACAAUGUUGCUAAACUAUUAUUUCGUCACAUUUUCGCAAUGUGCACACAGUGUUAGGCCUAUGCGCAAAUGAUUCAAAAUGCAAUUUGUGGGAAAAGAACUUUGUGCAAUCGUGAGGAAUAAAAUUGGCUACUUCAAAAUGGAGAUAGGCUCAGUGGCACUGCCCAUAAUGGCACGGAUACAGUGAUGAGGCCUCUUUCCAUCUACGUUUUGGCCUGACUGUGAAUGACCAAUGGAUUCUAUUAUUUUAGGUCAUUUAGAGUGUAUGUCACUUUCAUAUUAAAUUAAUUACACAGGGCACCUUUUCUUCCUGUUUGGGAUUUUUUUGGCACCACUUCACCACUGGGUAAGAGGACAAUUAACCACUCAUUAACCUUUGUUAAUUUGUCAUUUGAAAUAGGAUUGUGUAAGUACCUGUUUUUAGAGAGACAGUACCUAGGCAAGAACAACCUAGACUAGAACAAGGACAGUUGAAUAUUUACCUUACUGAGGUGAU